UUCACCUCGUCGGUGAAAUUCCCUGAGUGCGACAGAAAGUCUCCCGGUGCUCCAGCAGGGAAAUGGAUGUUUCACUAACGUCAGAUUUAUUUUUUCCUCACGGGCUGGACAUUAUGAACUUUUCUUGAUCAAAAAGAAAAGGCAGGAGUAUGGGCAAAUUCCAGUCCAAACUUGCUUUGAAACGCAGACAAAACCCUGAAGGUGGUAGUCCGGCUUCCAGUGUGGUGACUUGUCAGGGGGAAUUGGAGCGGAUUCGCAUUCACAAGGGCAAACUGACAGAGAACUUGUAUGUGGAAUGGAGGGAAAACAAAUCCGACCAUAACUGCAACCUCAAGGUGGUUUUGCCACCAAAGAAGACACUGGACAGGGACAAAAGCAUCCACUUCCAGGUCAAUAAACGGACAAAGAAGAAGAAAAGCCAUGCUGGUGACACACAGUGUGAAUUGGUGCUUGAGGAGGAUUCUCAGCAGGAGUGGGUCUUCACACUGUACAAUUUUGACAACAGUGGCAAGGUCACAAAGGAGGAUAUGUCCAGUCUGAUACAGUCCAUGUAUGAGGUUCUGGAGGCAUCAGUCAAGCAACCUUGUGGUGAUAACACACCCCUGAAGAUCAAGCUAGCCGUAACUCCCUCAGCUUACCCAGACAAGACCUCACAAAUGGCCAGAGAGAAGGAGCAGAGGGUGUCUCAGGAGGAAGGAAGCCCAGUAAGGAAAGUCUAUUGUGUGGAUGAAAACAUAGAGCGCAGAAACCACUACCUGGAUCUAGCUGGCAUUGAAAACUACACCUCAAAAUUUGACAAUACAGAGUCACCCUGCCAGGAGCACACACACCAAGCUCACUCUGCUCUUCAGCACCACACAGUGGUGGGAAGAGAGAGCUGCAUCUCCCCUGAGUCUCCCAGAAGUCUCUCUAUCCUUCAUUCCCUGAGAAGUAAGCCCAUGUCAAUGGGGAAGGACAGGAGCAGAGGAGAGGGAAAGUACUGCAGGUUGCAUGGCCAUCCUACCCAGUCACACCCUGCAGCACAUAGUGUCCUCCAACGUUCCCACAGCAAGAGGCUCCGCUCCAGGAUACAAGAUGUCCCCGCAUCCCUUAGACACCCUGGCUCCCAGGGCCCGACAGGGGGGGGCAGGGAGAUACCAAAUAAACUUCAUCCCUCCUGUGGGGCCCCUCUAGCUCAAAGACAUGAGCACCAUCACCACCAUGAGCACCAUCAUCAUCACCAUCACCACUACCACCCUUCAUAAAUGCAUUUCAAACACAUACUGUAUGAAACUGGGUUCAAGCUCAGGUGAGAGGAGAUGGUGCAGUCACAAAAUGCUACUCAGCAGGUCCUUGAAUGUGUGGUGGAAUCAGGCUCAGACACUGUUAUCUAAUGCAAACAAAGUCCUGUAAGAUAGACAUCGUGGAAGGUCAGUUCAUUGUUGCCUGUAUGACAUGACACUUUUAUAGCGCUUUAGAUCGACUGUUUCCUCUCAGGUAGAUUACCACUUAAGCUAUACAAUUUAAAAGGGCACUGUGUAGUGUUAUAUAAUGCCUGUAUUGUGAACUCUAUACCCAGUAUUACAUAUUAACAACAUACAGUAUGUCUUUCCUGUUUGAAGAUGCUAACAUAAUGUGCAAA